AGAGAUUAAAUUCAAGAUGUCUGCGCCCUUGUAAGAAAGUGUUACACAACAAUUAUUUAUGUAAAAACAAUAUUUCUGAGUGAUCAAACCCAGCAUCCAGAGAAGUAAUGGCAACACUCCUAGGUUCAUGUCCAAGCCUGUCUGCCAGGUUUUGUCUGCUGGCUACACGGCGCCUACAUAGUCAGGCUACAAGACACGUUAUCAGUCCACAUACUCAGAAUGUCUCACAGUGGAAGGAAGCUGUCCAUAUAUUAAGACACAGAAUCCUGCAAGAGCGUUCGAUCAGUCCUCUCUCACUAGGUAGAAAAGUAUUAAUCAGAACUUUGUUUAACCAAGGAUGUACACAGAAUGGUCGUGUUAGCAUCCUACCACUUCUAAGACAGGGAAAUAGAUCUGUGUAUAUGAGGUAUAUGUCCAGUGGAAGUGGAGGACAAACUAUGAGUAAGACAGAUGCAGUAUUAUAUUUACUGUCACUCCUGAUGCUGUGUACAGGACUGGCAUACUCUGGAGUACCAUUGUUCAAGAUAUUCUGCAGGCAAUUUGGCUUUGGUGGCAAUCCUGAGUUAAGCAAAGGUCACGAUAGGUCAAAGGUUGGUACCAUGGAAACAGUGGAAGAUAGAGAAAUAAUUGUGACCUUUAAUGCUGACCGUCAUGCUGCAAUGAAAUGGAACUUUCAACCUCAACAGACAAAAAUAAAAGUGAAACCAGGGGAGACAGCUUUAGCUUUCUAUGGGGCAGAGAAUCCCACUGACAAACCUAUAAUUGGUAUUGCAACAUAUACAGUCACUCCAUAUAUAGCAGCCCCAUAUUUCAAUAAAAUACAGUGUUUUUGUUUCGAAGAACAGAUACUUAAUCCACAUGAAAAGGUGGACAUGCCCGUGUUUUUCUACAUUGACCCGGACUAUGAUGAGGACCCGGAACUAGAGUUUGAAAAUAACAUCACGUUGUCGUACACAUUCUUCGAGGCAAAGGAAGGCAUGAGUCUUCCACUCCCAGGAUUCCUGAAACCAACACAAGAAACUACAUGAAAAAAAAAUGCUCAUUUAUUGUCAUUUUUGCAACACUUUUAUCUGUGAUCAUUUUAUAUAUGAAUAGUCAAUGGACUUAUAGAUGGUCAGGCGAAUGGCUCAUUUAGAGAUCAUGUGACAUGCUCAUAAUUUACUUUCAGGCUUUUGACUUCAGAAAAGUUCAUAAGCUGUGGUUAUUAAAUGACUUAGGAGACUUAAAAAUCAUGGACUAAAGCUGCAAGGUUCUUGAAAGUGUGUAAGAACCGGAAUUUAUUAAUAAAAUGUAAUGGAACUAGAAGCGUUGCUAAGGAAAGUGUGGAAGAGGAUCAUUCAUGAACUGUCUAAAAUAGGUUGAGAGCUAUAAAUGCCUCACUAAUUGAAUAUUCAAGAUUUUAUUUCAAGGACAUAUAUACUAACAAAUUUUCAGGGACAUAAACACUAAAAAAAAAAAACAGUAUGGUAUAAAGAGGCUUGGUUGCUGAAAUUUUGUUAUCCCAAGUCGAUGAAACUGGGAGGUGGGGUAUUGAAAUGUGCAUCCGUCCACAGCCAUUUCUCAGUAAGUAGCAGGUAGAAUUUCAUAAAACUUUAAUAAACAUGAACCAAAAUACUGUGAUGAUGCCCGUCAAGUUUUUAUCUGGGUCCACCCCUUAUUUCCAGAGUUAUGGACCCUGAAAUAUUCAAAAAUGCACAUUUUCAAUAUUUUUUUGCCAUUCCUCACCACAAACCCUUUUGGCGGGGGAUACCAAUUCAAUGAAUUUGCUUGUUUGUCUUACAUAUGUUAGUACUGGGAAAGGCAAUUUUGAUGGUAUUUCUGUUACAUAAAUUCGGAUCUGUAGCAAAACCUUGUGAUUUGGUUUUAUUGACAACCUGCCAGCUUCAAAUAGUGAAGGAAGUCAUACUAGUGAAAGUGAUCUUAUCAUUAUGCUUUUAUACAAUACUUAUAAAAACAUAGUAAAAUGAUUAUUCAUAAUCAUGCAAACACUGUCAUUCGAAAAAAAUAAAGUAACAGGAUAUAAAUCAGUUGUUGAAAAAGGGUGAUCGUAAUGCUUUUCUUUUACUUGAGGUUUUCUUGUUGACUAGCCACUAGACUGGUAAUAAAACAUUAAAAAAUUACAUGUUUUAUUUCGAUUGAAUUUCGUUUGAGUCAAAGUCAGUUUCUCACAGAACAAUUGAAAGAUUGUCAGAAUAUAGACUUGAAAGAAGGAUAUAGACUGGCUCCAUUCACAAGAACUGAAAAUAAAAAAAGAAAAUAUAACAGAAGUAUGUCAUAGUGCAGGAGCUAGUCUAGUUUUAUUAUGCCCCAACUUUUACGUGGAGAGCACAUAGAGUUGUUGCUGUCCAUACAUCGGUAUUUACAUCCCAGAAUCUAUGUCCAACUCUUCGCUCAGUAUUCGCUUGAUUUGCUUCAAUCUUUCACAGAAAAACAAGCUUGGUGUGCAGAUGACAAGCAACUCCUUAAACACUUUUUAAUGCGGAGGGAUUAUAGGAAUGGUCUGCGUCCUUCCGUCCAUAACAAAAUCGUGUCCGGUCCGUAUCUCCUAAACCCCUUGAAGGAUUUUCAUGAAACUUGGGUCAAAUGAUCACCUCAUCAAGACGAUGUGCAGAACCCAUGAGUCAGCCUUGUCGAUUCAAGGUCAAGGUCACAACUCAAGGUCAAAGGUUUGAGCCUGCCAUUUUGUGUCCGCUCUAUAUCUCCUAAACCCCUUGAAGGAAUUUUAUAAAGCUUAAGUCAAAUGAUCACCUCAUCAAGACGAUGUGCAGAACCCAUGAGUCAGCCAUGCCGGCUCAAGGUCAAGGUCACAACUCAAGGUCAAAGGUUUGAGCCUUCCAUUUUGUGUCCACUCUAUAUCUCCUAAACCCCUUGAAGGAUUUUCAUCAAACUUGGAUCAAACGAUCACCUCAUCAAGGCGAUGUGCAGAACUUAUGAGUCAGCCAUGUCGCCUCAAGGUCAAGGUCACAACUGAAGGUCAAAGGUUUGAGCCUUCCAUUUCGUGUCCGCUCUAUAUCUCCUAAACCCCUUGAAGGAAUUUUAUAAAACUUGGGUCAAAUGAUUACCUCAUCAGAACAAUGUGCAGAAAUUAUGAGUCAACCAUGCCAGCUCAAGGUCAAGGUCACAACUAAGGGUCGAAGGUUUGAGCCUUCCAUUUGGUGUCCACUCUGUAUCUCCUGAACCCCUUGAAGGAUUUUCAUCAAACUUGGGUCAAAUGAUCACCUCAUCAAGAACUCAUGAGUCAGCCAUGUCAACUCAAGGUCAAGGUCACAACUGAAGGUCAAAGGUUUCAGCUCUGUAUCUCCUAAACACCUUGAAGGAUUUUCAUGAAACUUUGGUCAAAUGAUCACCUCAUCAAGACGUUGUGCAGAAUUCAUGAGUCAGCCAUGUCAGUUCAAGGUCAAGGUCACAGCUAAAAUCAAAGGUUUUACCCUUUCACUAUCCAUAGCAGUGGCGGGGGAUUUAGCUGUCUUUCAGACUGCCUUGUUAAAGGAAUGGAUUUGAAGUUGCUCAUUAUGCAAAACUUUUUCGGAAUACUAUUUGUUUCAAACUUUUUAAGUCAAACAUAAUUAUGUUAUGUGAAAAUGGUCUGUACUAAAAACUUGCUUCACAGUAUGUUGGGGCAUCCCUGUCCUAUGGGCAUAAUUAUAGUUGGAUCUUGGGUUAACUUUCAUUGUUUAAAAAUCAGCAUUUGUAUACCUCAGUGUAGUUAAUCACUAAUUGUUGAUUCAUAGUGUUAAGUAUAAGACCUGUCUAGGUGAUAUAUAAUAUAUACUGUUUCAACAUUCGAUUUAUGUAGACAUUAGCAUUAUUCUAGUGUAAAAAUUGGUCAUCUGUGAGAUCUGGUUAAAGAUAUUUAAAUGAUGUUAUGUUUGAAGUAAACUGUCUGUUUUGAAAAAUAAAUCUUUUUUGCAUUUA